UCUUCCUCCAUGACUUAAUGAUGUUUCUAUUUUCCCUUUCCUAGAUCCUGGAUUUGGGAUGCAGAGGUCCCGGCUCUUGGUUCCUGUCAUGGCCACUCCAAAUGGAACUCUGGCCCACCCAGUGUAUUUCCUUCUGGUGGGCAUCCCUGGCCUGGGGCCUAACAUACACUUCUGGCUGGCUUUCCCAUUGUGUUUUAUGUAUGCCUUGGCCACCCUGGGCAACCUGGCCAUUGUCUUCAUCAUUCGUGUGGAAAGGCAUCUGCAUGAGCCCAUGUACCUCUUCCUGGCCAUGCUUUCCACCAUUGACUUAGUCCUCUCCUCCACCACCAUGCCCAAGAUGGCCAGUCUUUUCCUGACAGGCAUCCAGAAGAUUGAGUUCAACAUUUGCCUGGCCCAGAUGUUCCUUAUCCAUGCUCUCUCAGCCAUGGAGUCAGCUGUCCUGCUGGCCAUGGCUUUUGACCGCUUUGUGGCCAUCUGCCACCCAUUGCACCAUGCUUCUGUGCUCACAGGGCCUGCUGUGGCCAAGAUUGGGCUAGCCGCCCUGACCAGGGGUUUUGUAUUCUUCUUCCCACUGCCUUUCAUUCUGAAGCGGUUGUCAUUCUGCCGAACACAUACUGUCACACACUCCUUCUGUCUGCACCAAGAUAUUAUGAAGCUGUCUUGUAUUGACACCACGGUCAAUGUAGUUUACGGACUCUUCAUUAUCCUCUCAGUCAUGGGUGUGGACUCCCUUUUCAUUGGCGUCUCCUAUGUCCUCAUUCUGCGGGCUGUGUUGGGACUGUCCUCUCGGGGGGCAGCACUCAAGGCCCUCAACACCUGUGUCUCCCACCUCUGUGCUGUCCUGGUCUUCUAUGUGCCCCUUAUUGGGCUCUCAGUGGUACACAGGCUGGGGGGUUCCACCUCUCUGCUCCAUGUGGUUAUGGCUAAUAUCUAUCUGCUGCUACCUCCUGUGGUCAACCCCCUUGUCUAUGGAGCCAAGACCAAGGAGAUCCGUUCAAGGGUCCUCUACAUGUUCUUACAACAAGGUAGGUGAGAAGGAUACCCACCUC